UUUAUUAGGGGCUGCCCGUGGCUCCUCGCAGUCCCUGCUGCAGUCCCACUCCAGCCCAGCCCCAGCCUGGCUAUUUGCAGGAAGCAGCUGCAGAAUGCUGCCUGGAGGAGUGCUUUCUCUGCUCACGCUGUUCUGUGUUUUCAGGGCUUCUGCUUCUGUGCUGGAUGAAGACGACGACUACGAUCUCAUGUAUGUGAAUCUGGAUAACGAAAUCGAAGGUCCGGUUCUGGGCACUGAGGAAUCUGCCUCGUGUGACUGCCAGCGGGAGCACACGGAGUGGGACAAGCUCUUCAUCAUGCUGGAGAACUCACAGAUGAAGGAGAAUAUGAUGCUGCAGGCGCUGGAGGAUGGGCUGAAGGCAGACGUGCAGGCAAUCAGAGCAGAGCUGAGCCAACUCACCGUUGGCCUCACCGGCACCUUCAGCUCCGUGGUGCAGCAGCUCACCUCCCACGCCUUGGCCCAGCUGGAGCAGGCACUGCAGAGGAAAGGAGACCAACCUGAGGAUGCUGAGAGGCUCUGUGAGUUCCAGCAGGGCAAGGUUCUGGAGCAGGUCUUGCAGCUGAGCCACAACGUGUCUGCCAGGCUGGGCCAGCUGGAAAGCUCCUGGCUGAGAUGGGCAGAGGGGGAGGCCCAAGAAACAGCUUUCCAGCUCCAGCAGGACAAGCUCAGCCUCAACAGAGAGGACAACCUUCUCUUGAACACCUUAUGGAAAGAGCUGCAGCAGACCAGAGCUGAACUGAAGGCAUCUCAGAAGUGGGCUGCCCAGCACCUACUGCCAGCAGGCUAUGAAACAGCAAUUCUGUUCCCCAUGCGCUCCAGAAAGAUCUUUGGGAGUGUUCAUCCAACAGCUGCGAUGACCCUCUCCUCCUUCACCAUUUGCAUCUGGGUCAAAGCAACGGAGGUUUUGGACAAAACCAUCGUCUUCUCCUAUGGAACAAAACUCAAUCCCUAUGAGAUUCAGCUGUACCUCAGCCAGCAGUCUGCAGUGCUCACCAUAGGUAAUGCCCAGCACAAGCUGGCUGCCAGGAAUGUGGUGGUUCCUGGGAGGUGGAUCCAUCUGUGUGGCACCUGGAGCUCAGAUAACGGGACCGCAUCGCUGUGGGUGGACGGAGCGCAAAUGGCCACAGCUGUGGGCAUUGCUGACACUCAUGUUGUUCCUGAUGGAGGAAUUCUGCAGAUCGGCCAAGAGAAGAACGGCUGCUGUGUUGGAGGAGGGUUUGAUGAAGCUUUGGCCUUCUCAGGAAAGUUAACAGGGUUGAACCUGUGGGACAGAGUGCUCAGCACUGAGGAGAUAGCAGCGCAGGGCGGAGAGGAUGCGUGCAGCUCCCGGGGCAACAUUGUGGGCUGGGGAGUCACGGAGAUUCUGCCUUACGGAGGAGCCCAGUAUGUUUCUUAAGCUCCAGUAAAGCAGUUUCUGAAGCAGAGCACAUUUCAUUAAGAGCAGAACACCAGUGUACGUACAAGGAACGGAGCUGAAGAA